UCCUCCGCCGCCAGCCUCGGCUCCUGCGGCUCCUUCCUCCUCCUCCUCUUCUUCCUCUCCCUCCUCCGUCCGGGGGUCCGCUCACCUCUCGCAGCAGGGGAGACAGGCUCUCGGCCCCUGUGCCCGCAGAAUGAGCCGGCAGGUGGUCCGCUCCAGCAAGUUCCGCCACGUGUUUGGACAGCCGGCCAAGGCCGACCAGUGCUAUGAAGACGUGCGUGUCUCCCAGACCACCUGGGACAGUGGCUUCUGUGCCGUCAACCCCAAGUUCCUGGCCCUGAUCUGUGAGGCCAGUGGGGGCGGGGCCUUCCUGGUGCUGCCCCUCUGCAAGACUGGACGCGUGGACAAGAAUGCGCCCACGGUCUGUGGCCACACGGCCCCUGUGCUGGACAUCGCCUGGUGCCCACAUAACGACAAUGUCAUCGCCAGCGGCUCUGAGGACUGCACCGUCAUGGUGUGGGAGAUCCCUGACGGGGGCCUGACGCUGCCCCUGCGGGAGCCCGUGGUCACCCUGGAGGGCCACACCAAGCGUGUGGGCAUCGUGGCCUGGCACCCCACGGCUCAGAACGUGCUGCUCAGCGCAGGUUGUGACAACGUGAUCCUGGUGUGGGACGUGGGCACGGGGGCGGCCGUGCUGACGCUGGGCUCGGAUGUGCACCCGGACACCGUCUACAGCGUCGACUGGAGCCGUGACGGCGCCCUCAUCUGCACCUCGUGCCGCGACAAGCGCCUGCGCAUCAUCGAGCCCCGCAAAGGCACUGUCGUGGUGGAGAAGGACCGGCCCCACGAAGGCACCCGGCCCGUGCACGCCGUGUUCGUGUCUGACGGCAAGAUCCUGACCACAGGCUUCAGCCGCAUGAGCGAGCGGCAGGUGGCGCUGUGGGACACGAAGCACCUGGAGGAGCCGCUGUCCCUGCAGGAGCUGGACACCAGCAGCGGCGUCCUGCUGCCCUUCUUUGACCCCGACACCAACAUCGUCUACCUCUGUGGCAAGGGUGACAGCUCUAUCCGCUACUUCGAGAUCACGUCUGAGGCCCCGUUCCUGCACUAUCUCUCCAUGUUCAGCUCCAAGGAGUCCCAGCGCGGCAUGGGCUACAUGCCCAAGCGGGGCCUGGAGGUGAACAAGUGUGAGAUCGCCAGGUUCUACAAGCUGCACGAGCGCAAGUGUGAGCCCAUUGCCAUGACGGUGCCUAGGAAGUCGGACCUGUUCCAGGAGGACCUGUACCCACCCACGGCAGGGCCUGACCCCGCCCUCACCGCUGAGGAGUGGCUGGCGGGUCGGGAUGCCGGGCCCCUCCUCAUCUCUCUCAAGGACGGCUACGUGCCCCCAAAGAGCCGGGAGCUGUGUGUCAACCGGGGCCUGAGUGUCUCGCGCAGGAAGGCCACGUCGGAGACCAGCUCUGACGUGAUAUCCCGGCUGGAGGAGGAGCUGAGGAAGCUGCAGACCACAGUGCAGGAGCUACAGAAGCGCGUGGACAGGCUGGAAGACACGGUCCAGGCCAAGUAGAGCCCACGGGCCCGUCAGCCGGGGCCAGCCGUUCAUGCCCCACCCCUACCCUACCCCCGCUGCCCACUCUGCAGUGGCCAAGAAGAAAAAAAAAAAUAAAAUGGCUCUAUUUUCUGGUA